UAGUGUGUUAUUGGCGUGUGUGUAGCGCUCGAAAGCUCUUUCAACCGUUUUGCGUCGUCGAAUUCGUGCGUGCGUGCGUUUUACAUUUACAUUUUCCGUUGCUAACGCGUGCAUUACUAGUGUCCGCCAAGCGGCUAAAAGCUUUUGCUCCAACAUUACACAUAGUGACACAAACCGCGCGCGCCUCCGCGCACUCUCUUAGCUUACCGCAGAGUGUGCACAAAAAGUGAAUAAUAACAAUAAGGUUGGCCGAAACCAAGCUUAAUUGGCGCUAGCUGGUAAUUCUUUUUAGCCAAAUGCGUCGGCAGAAAGCACAUAUUGCGCCCGCAAAGCCAACGACGGUAUUUCGUUCGCUGCGUAUUGCUUCGAUUUGUUGUAAGUAAAAUAAGAACGCGUAUUGUCGCGUCGAGCGCAACGUUACGCUGCGGAUAUUAGCGCGAAAAAGAUAACUUUUGUGCGCGCGUUUAAGGAUUGCGCGUAUUUUAUUUUCUGCUUAAAAGCCAUACACACGCGUCCAAAGGUGUGUGUGUGCGUGUGUGUAGGUGUCAGUGUGCGGUUGUGUAGGUGUAUUUGCGCGCGCACAAUUGCCGCAGUUUAUCUACGCAAAUUUGACGAUAUUUUUGGACAUAAUUGCACCGGAUACGGACACAAGCUAACGGCGGAGCGAUAAAAGCGCAUAGCGAUAGCAGCCCGCUUAUGCCUAUCAGUGUUACGUAAAUAUGCGACUGUUAACGGAAAUCUGUCAAAAACAGAUUAACUAAUUAAGAAAAACAAAGUGAAAAUUAUUGAGCAAAAAAAUAAUGAAAAUUUGUAAACAAAAAUUAUAAUUAAAAAAGCGAAAAAUCGAAAGCAAGCGCUGAGUGACAAAUAAAAAAAUACAAGUUAAAUAAUGUUACGUAGGAAAUGUGCAGUGUAAAACCAGAAACAAAUUUUGAAAAUAAAACCGCCAAUUAGCUGCUAAUUUGAACACAAAUCAAUCAACAGAACAGAAGUUAAUGCCAAGCCAAGCAAAUAAAUAAUAACAAAAACAAAAAGUAAAUAAAAACAAGAAACUAAUAAAAUAUGAAACAGUGAAAGCCAAGCAAACAAAUUGAUUUACAUACAUAAGUGCGAAACAUAUUAAAAAUAAAAAACAAAAAUAACAACAAAAACAAAAUGUGCACUCUUUCGUCAGACUGUGUAGUGAAAAGUAUUGAAAUAAAUCAAAAAUAUUAAAGUUAGCGAAAAAUUGCGCGUGGUCGUCUUUAAUUGGUAGCAAAUAAGCCAACACCACCCACAAGCAAAAACAAAAAUACUAAUAAAACAAACUAAGAAACAAAAAAAUAAAAAAACAAUCAAUAGGAAAUUUUUUUUCGCCCUCGUUGUUCAUAAAAAACCUUCAAAAUUAUUCUCGAAAUGGACAUGACUUCAACAGCGGAAGCUGCCGCCCGCAGCUGGUAUGACAAUCCGCGUUUGGGCAGCUCUCCGCAAGCGAAUGGCCUGGGCGGCGCCGGCGCCGGCUUGGGACAUCACGCCCUUACAGCCGCUGGCAGCACAGCGAUGGGUGGUGGCGCUGGCCUAGGCGGCGGCGGCGGCGGUGGUGGUGGUGGCGGUCUCGGCGGCCUGGACACCACCGAUAUGAGCGCCUUCUACGCGCUGGAAAGCAACGGCCAUCACAGACGCUACUAUCCGAGCUAUCAUCAGCACACAUCCCGUAUGCCAUCGUCCCAUACAUCACCGCAAGUGUGUCGGCCGCACUUUCAUCCGCCUCUCGGUUCGUGGCUUACCAGCGAGCAUAAAUCAUUCGCACCCGCCAGCCCAUGGGGCAGUCCGUUUGCAUGCCCCCAAGAUCCGCAAGUGGACCAUAAGGUCGGCCAAAUUGGCCAAAGCCAUCAGACGACGGCGGGCCAACAUUCAUUUCCAUUCCCACCGACACCGCCAAAGGAUUCCACACCCGAUUCAGUACAAACCGGUCCAUCGGAGUAUCAGGCCGUUGUGAACGCAUUCAUGCACCAAGCGCAAUCGACCGGCACUACCUCAAUAGCGGACACGAGUUGUGCGCUGGACAUAAAACCCGCCAUACAGAACGGCCUCGGCAGCCUGACGCACAACGGCAGCCAGCAAUCCUCGGCGGCGCCAAAGCAACGUGAAGGUACCAACAACAAUAAUAAUAAUACAAAUAACAACAACAAUAAUACAGCGAGUAGUUCGCACAACAACAACGGCAGCAGCAAUAACAACAGUAACGCGAACAAUAAUAAUAACAACAACUCCGCGUCCUCAGCGAAUAACAGCAGUCACAAUGUACACGCACACUCCUCCAGCGCCAAUACCAUCUCCGCCCUGAACGGCUCCAGCCUAUUCGAUGGCACCGCGCAAGCGCACUACGCCAACAGUUUAGGCAAUAGCAGCAGCAGUAGUGGCCUCGGUGUGGGUCUCGGCGGUAAUGGACUCACAGCGAACUCGUCGCUUGGCAGCGCCGGCAGCAGCGCGAGUGCUAUGGGUGGCUAUGAUGGCACUUAUGCCUCAUAUGCGGCGCAUCAUCAUUUGGCCAACACCUCAGCGGCGGUGGCACAUCAUCAGGCGGCCGCUGCAGCUGCGGCGGGUAUGUUUCAAAGUUCCUCAAUGGCAGCGGCGGCUGCAGCGCGGCACAGCAUGUCGGGCGGUCAUCACACGCAUCAUCAUAUGAUGGGUGGUGGCGCGUCGGCGGGUGUGUCGUCCGGUCUGGGGCAGAGUCAUGGUGGUAUUGGUGGUGGUGGUGCUAGUGGUAUGAGUGGCGGGGGUGGCAGUAGCGGCGGCGGCAGCCUUGGUUUAGGCGGCCUGAGCGGUGGCAGUUUGGGCGGCAAUAUGUCGUCUAGUCACGGUCAUGGGCAUGGGCAUGGUCAUAGCCAUCAUACGCACGGCCACGCGCAUAGCCAUAGUCAGGAUGUGAAGCCGGCGCGUACGAAACCGAGAACCAGUGCGGAGGGUCGCGAAUGCGUCAACUGCGGUGCCACAUCAACGCCAUUAUGGCGACGCGACGGCACCGGCCACUAUUUGUGCAAUGCCUGUGGUCUCUACUAUAAAAUGAAUGGACAAAAUCGACCACUUAUCAAACCAAAGCGAAGACUGACACUACAGUCGUUACAAAGCGCCGCGAAGCGAGCGGGGACAUCAUGCGCGAAUUGCAAAACCACAACGACAACACUUUGGCGGCGGAACGCCAGCGGCGAACCCGUGUGUAAUGCCUGCGGACUCUACUACAAGUUGCAUAAUGUGAAUCGCCCACUUACGAUGAAAAAGGAAGGCAUUCAAACGCGUAAUCGCAAAUUGUCGUCGAAAUCGAAAAAGAAGAAGGGCUUGGGUGGUCCCUGUCUACCCAUUGGCAGUCACUUGGGUAUGGGCGAUUUCAAACCACUGGAUCCGUCGAAAGGUUUCGGUGGCGGUUUCCCAGCUUCGAUGGCGCAACAUGGCCAUCUUUCCAGUGGUUUACAUCCCGCACAUGCGCAUAUGCACGGCGGCUGGUAUACUGGCGGCAUGGGCGCUUUGGGUGCUUCUGGUGGCUUGCAGAGCGGCUUCUCGACGGCCGGUUCACUGGGUGGCGGUGUAGUGCCACACUCGCAGCCUUACCAUCUUGGUUUGGGUUCGAUGGGCACCUGGCGUACGGAUUAUACGUGAUGGAGCGGGAACAAUUUGAAUAAUAAUUUAUUCAAUUGAAAGUAAACAAGGCAAAAACGGUAAUGCAAAUCAUACACUGCACGCAACCAACGCGUUUAACGGUAAACCGCACAACAACAACAACAUGCGCAAAUACAAACACAAAAUAUACCAGUGAACCAAAAAGUCUUUAAGUAAAAUAAAUUAGCUGUACAACAACAACCACACGCGACUAAGAGCAGCCAAAAGGAACGUAAAAGCCGUAACCGAGCGCCUACGCCUACAACUUGAGCCAACAGCAAUAAUAUACUAGUUACAACAAACAUAUAAGCUACAACUGACUACAACCACAACUUGCCCAGGAACAACAAACAACACAGGAACUUGAAAAUAUUUGCAAACACAAAUUUUUGCUGGAAAAUUUUGAUUUCUCUCACACACACUAUCCUACACAUGCGCAGCCAUGGUGCAUGGCUUUACUGCAAGGCGUUUUGGUUUUGGUUGAUAAUACCGGGAUUAUCCUGUCGCCGCCAACAUUAAUGAGUGCAACUGAAGUGGUUGCUCAAGUGGUGUGCAACAUCAUUAGUGACCAACACCGAACCCUCAAAGCAACCACACAAAGGAUCAACACCAAAUCGGUAUGCCGAAUUCCGAGUUUCAUCUGCAACCAAGACUUACUCAAUUGUGCGUGAGAUUGUCUACAACA